AUGGAAGCCACAUACUCCAUGCCCGCUCCCCUCCAGGGACAGCAAUAUUAUUUUUACAACCCAGAGACAGAUGUUCAUCGACCGUACAUCGUCUCCCAUCCCGAGAUGUCCUUCCACGCUCCCAUGCCCAUGUACCAGCAACAGCAGCCCAUUUUCCCUGCUCAUCCGCAACUGGCCCCCAAGCACACCAUGCAGCACCAAAUGAGCAUGACUCCAAUUGCUUCACCACAGCCAACCCACAUGAAGCCUUCGAUCAUGAUCCAGCAACAACACGGCUCCCCCGCUUUGAUGCCUCUGGAUACUCGAUUCGAUUUCUACAGCUUUCCCUCGACCCCUCCACUUUCAUCUUCCGCAAGCAGUAUCAGCAGCCCUCCUUCGACGUGCGGCAUGAUCCACACCCCAGUCAAUUGCUCUUUUACUCCUUUCGAGACAAUGGAGGGUGUCAAAGAAGGCUGUGAAUCAGAAGUCCAUGCAGAGAUCCUUGCCAAGCCCGAUUGGGGUCGAACCGACUCUCCUCCUCUGACUCCAGUAUUUAUCCACCCGCCUUCGCUUAUAGCCAACAACUCCGACCUGCUCUCCGCCAACGUCUCCUGUCCAUCCCUAUCUCCCUCCCCUUCUCCAGGCCCCACGGGUUUGCUCACUCCCAACAGCAUCUCGUUUACCUCGGAACCUGCAUGUUCCGACUUCUGCGAUCCUCGCCAACUGACUGUCGAUUCUGCCGCUGCCGCGGCACCUUCAGCCCCUGCCGAACUCCCUCCUCUCCCUACUUUGAGCUCCGGAGACGAGGACGAGCAAAAAUUGUUGCUCGGCGGUGGAAACUUGACUCUACCUUCUCAUGAAUCUGUCCACGUUCCCUUUUCCAGUUGCGCCGAGACUACCUUGACCACACUACCACGAUUUGACUCCUUCUCGGACUUGGAUUCGGACGAAGAGUUUGUCACGGGAAUCGUUGACUUUGCUCCUGCAGCUGCCAACACAUUUUUCCUCGGUGAUAAGAGACAACGUGUCGGUCCAUACGUGUUGGACGACGACGAGUUCCUCAGUGAGCAGAGCUUCGACGACGUGGAUGACGAAGAGCUUUUCAUGCGGUCGGGUCUGCCCACGGUGAUUGUUGAGGAAAUGCCAGGUGGUGAGGACAGCAGUGAUUCAUCUGUUGAGAUGAAGUCCAAGAAGCGCAGCGGUGCUUCGUCCCGAAAGUCCAUCCAGAAGAAGCCCUCAUUCGACAGCUCGUCGAUCGGUAACCAGGUGCCUGCUGACACCCGCGGCAACCAGUCACAAAACCAGAGCGGCUCAACCCAAAACAGCGGAUCGGCCAAUAACUCAAAGGCAGACUCUUCUGCUGCUGCCACUCCUGCCUCGGGUAAAUCUGAAUCCUCAUCGGCGCAGGCGCCCGUGAGCCGUCGCGGCCGGAAGCAGUCCUUGACCGAUGACCCUUCCAAGACAUUCGUGUGCACAUUGUGUUCUCGUCGAUUCCGUCGUCAAGAACACUUGAAGCGUCACUACCGCUCUCUCCACACCCAGGACAAGCCAUUCGAAUGCCACGAGUGUGGAAAGAAAUUUUCCCGCAGUGACAACUUGGCCCAGCACGCAAGGACACACGGUAAUGGCGCUGUCGUCAUGGGCAUCCUUGAUCCCAGCGAAGUUACUCCUCCUGCCCCUCAAAUGUAUGAGGAAGACGCUGGCGUGUUGGGAGCUGUUCUCUACGAAGCCGCCAACGCUGCUGCCACACAGUCAACUAGCGAGUCAGGAUCCAGUGCCGAAUCUGAUUCUCCCACAUCUGGGGAUCGUCGACUCAGCCUCAAGAAGCGUAAGCGAGAUGAGACUGUUGCAUAAGCCUCUGCUAUAUUGGGUUCUCCCUUUUACCGGGAUUUAUGAUGAAACGAGACCAGGAGAUAUAUCUUCUUCACCUUAGCCUUUUCUCCUCAAAGAACGGCACAUUGUAAUACAUCAUCUUUACAGAACAUAUUUCGCUUCGACUUUUUAUAUUAUUAUCGUUUUCCUUUGUUGGCGCCUGGGCUUUCGAGUCAUCAGAUCGGUUCUAAUCAAAUUGGGAGAAGCUGAUGCAACUGAAUGUCUCAAUCGAGGAAUAUGAUUUCGUGGAUAUUCAUUUUGAACAUCGCAUCUCAGGGGCAUCAGCGUCGGCGAACGGUCGGAAGGAGGGACCAUUUGGAUCAUCUUGCUUGAAUUUGGGGGUUUUUGUUUUGGUUUGAAAUUCGAUAGAGCUUACGAGUCAUCACAACAUCACAGCCAGUGGUGAAUACACAAAAAAAUUGGUGCGGCUAUUCGUUGAUAUUCUCUGUUGUCAGUUUGCGUUGCUUGCAUUUGAAUUGCCUGUUUCGAGUCUGUCUGCUUUAUACUAUCUUCAUGUAUUUAUCUAUUUCCCCCUUCGCUUUCUUAUCUUUCCUUUUAUCUCCUCUUGAUCUACUUGGUUUGUAAUUAUCUUGUUUGUGAUUUGUGCUGGCCACAUAUUUGAACAUGUAUUAUCCCUUUUUACUGUAUGGUUUUCUGUCGUUUCCUCUCCUCAUACCCCUUUGGAUUCACCAGCACCAUUCUUUAUAUAUAUUUUGUGUUUAAUUGUCAUUGUCUAGAAUGAGCAAUCAAUCUGCAUACAUUAUGUUAUUUUCGUA